AUGGCUCCCACGAACGGCACAAACGGCGCUGCCAAAGACUGGCGUAGCAAGAACAAGACCAUCCAAAUCCUGGAUGCAGCGGAAAAAGGUGGUUACGGUGUUAUCGCCGCUAUAGUCUACAAUAUCGAGCAAAUAAUCGGCAUGGUCAAAGCUGCGGAACAAAAACGUUCUCCGUUGAUAAUCCAGGUCUUUCCCUGGGCAAUCACCUUCUCAAACGGUCUACUCGUCCACGCCGCGGCACAAGCCGCAAAAACAGCUUCAGUACCUAUCGCGAUCCAUCUAGACCACGCUCAAGAUGAAGAUAUGAUCCGACUUGCGGCCGAUACUCUCCCAUUCGACAGUAUCAUGGUUGACAUGUCGCAUUACGAGAAGGAAGAGAAUCUGCAGAAGACAAAAGAUUUGGUUGCAUAUUGUCACGCUCGCGGAAUAUCCACCGAAGCUGAACCUGGAAGGAUCGAGGGUGGUGAGGACGGGAUCGCGGAUACUGCUGACCUCGAGGGCCUUUUGACAACCGCUGAGGAUAUCGAAGAUUUCUUGGCUACAGGUGUAGAUUUCUUAGCCCCAAGCUUUGGAAAUGUCCACGGAGAGUAUGGGAAGAGAGGGCCGCAGCUGGAUUAUGCACGACUUGAUGAUAUCAGGAAGGCGAUUAACGGUAGAGUUAGGAUUGUGCUUCAUGGUACCAACGAUUUCCCGGAGGAUGUGAUGAAGCGGUGUAUCGGACAAGGUGUUUCGAAAGUCAAUGUGAACAAACUCGUGCUGGAUGAUUAUUUGGUUCAUCUUGAAGGGAAUGCUAGUAAGUUGAGUCUUACAAAGCUCAUGGAGGAAGGGGUGGAGCAUGUAAUCAAGUUGAUGGAGUGGCAGAUGGAUGUUUGUGGGUCGACGGGGAAGGCUUAG